UGUCAAAGCGCCCCUCUGCGAAAAGCAGAAUUUUGCAAAAGAAGAAAAGCAAAUACCGGUUCUGUUUGCAAAAUUCUUCAGAAUUCCUCCAAUCUUUCUCAGACCGCCGCUGCGUCGUUCUUUUUUCGGGGAGAAAAGCAUUACAAACCAACAUUACCAUGUCUUCGCCGGCACCGAAAUCUCCCGAACUGUCGGACAAAAGCCGCAAAUAUGAUCGGCAAAUCAGGCUUUGGGGCGAGCAUGGUCAAACGGUGCUAGAAAAUGCGCAGAUCUGCCUGAUCAACGCUACAGCGCUCGGCACCGAGAUACUGAAGGGCAUCGUGCUGCCCGGCAUCGGCGGCUUUACCAUUGUGGACCAUCGGCCCGUCACGGAGGAAGACGUUGGGUGUAACUUUUUCCUCGAUCUCGACUCGGUCGGCCAGCCGAGGGCGAAACGGUGCAUGCAGCUGCUGCAGGAGUUGAACCCGGACGUGAACGGCGACUACGUGGACGAGCACGUGGAACAGCUGAUCGACGGGCAGCCGGAUUUCUUCCGCAGCUUCGACGUGGUGGUCGCGACCUCGAUCAGCGAGCGUACGAUCAUGCGCCUGUCCAACGUGCUGUGGGACCAAAACAUACCGCUGAUCGUGGCCCGGUCGGUAGGGUUCUAUGGCGUUGCUAGGCUGCAGCUGCGCGAACAUUGCAUCGUCGAAACGCACCCGGACAACAAGCAGACGGAUCUGCGGCUGGAGCACCCGUUCGAGGAGCUGAAGAAGCACAUGGCGGAGGCGCAGAUCACGAACAAGGUGCCGUGGCUGGUGGUGCUGUACAAGGUGCUGCAGGAGUGGGUCGACGCGCACGACGGCCAGUAUCCGGCCAGCUAUCGCGAAAAGUCGGAGGUGCGGGAGCUGAUCCGCUCGAAGAUGGACGGUGAGCAGGAGAACUUUGAGGAGGCGAUUAAAGCGGUCAACUCCAGCUUUGGCGGUGGCAAACCGUCGGCCGCCGUGCGGGAGAUACUGCAAGACGAUCGCUGCGUCAACGUCAACACCGAGAGCAAUGCAUUUUGGAUCAUGGCACGUGCGCUGAAAGACUUUGUGGAUAACGAAGGGAACGGGCUGCUGCCGGUGCCGGGCGUGCUGCCCGAUAUGACGGCCGACACGAACUCGUACAUCAGCCUGCAAACGGUGUACCGCAAUCAGGCGGCGCACGAUGCCGAGAUUGUGUUCCGGCGUGCCCGCCAGCUGCUGAAAGAGCUGAACAAACCGAACGAUCUCAUCACCGACAAGGAUGUGCGGCUGUUCUGUCGCGAGGCGGCCAACAUUGCCGUCGUGCGCGGGACGAAGAUAACGGACGAGUUCGACAAGGGCUACCAUCGGAGCUCGCACAUUGCGAGCGUGCUGGAGCAGCCCAACUCGCUGAUGGGCCACUACAUCGUGCUGCGCGCGCUGGACCGGUUUCAGGCGGACUAUGGCUGUCUGCCGGGCGAGAGCGACCCCGAGUCGGACACGACCGGCAUGAAAAGCAUCGCGGCGAAGAUGCUCAGCGAUUGGGGCAUCGGUACGCCGCUGAGCGAUGAUCUGGCGUACGAGAUCUGCCGGUACGGUGGGGCGGAAAUACACAGCAUUUCGGCGUACCUGGGCGGCUGCAUUGCGCACGAGCUGAUCAAGCUCGUCACCAGACAGUACCGACCGUUCGACAAUACGUUCAUCUACGACGGCUCGACGUCGCAGACGGAAACCUAUAAGUUAUAAUUGCUGUUAGCGCUAGUUUUCGUGAUUAAUUUCAAAACUCAACAAACACCCACACAACCACCACGCAGGCAGCAUGUAUGUGCGCGGCGGAUGGUCCCUUUUAAUAUUAGAAUACUGAAACACUGAAAUAAUAUCCUUAUUUUGUAGAAUCUGA